GUGCCGUUUGGCGGGAACCCCGGGCUUUGGCGGGAACGUCGGACUUUGGCGGGAACGCCGGGCUUUGGCGGGCUCGGGAGAGGCGCGCAGCCGGAGCCCAGCGCGGCCGCAGGAGCCGCUUGCCCGCCAUGCCCGCCGACGGGGAGCUGCUGAGCGGCCCCGCCGCAUGCCCGGAGCCCGGCGAGCAGCAGUACCUGCAGCAGGUGCGGCACAUCCUGCAGCACGGCCACCGGCGGGAGGAUCGCACCGGCACCGGCACCAUCUCCGUGUUCGGCAUGCAGGCGCGGUACAGCCUCAGAGAUCAGUUUCCACUGCUCACAACGAAGAGGGUGUUCUGGAAGGGAGUGCUGGAGGAGCUGCUGUGGUUCAUCAAGGGUUCUACAAAUGCCAAAGAGCUCUCUGCUAAAGGUGUGAAGAUUUGGGAUGCUAAUGGGUCGCGUGAGUUCCUGGAUAAGCAGGGUUUCAGCACCAGAGAGGAGGGUGAUUUGGGACCAGUGUAUGGUUUCCAGUGGAGGCAUUUUGGAGCAGAAUACAAAGAUAUGCACACAGAUUACUCCAAUCAAGGAGUUGAUCAGUUGCAAAAAGUGAUUGAAACGAUCAAAACCAAUCCAGAUGACAGAAGAAUCAUUAUGUGUGCUUGGAAUCCCAAAGAUAUUUCCCUGAUGGCUUUACCUCCAUGCCAUGCCCUUUGCCAGUUCUAUGUCUUAAAUGGUGAAUUGUCUUGCCAACUCUAUCAGAGGUCUGGAGACAUGGGACUAGGAGUGCCUUUUAAUAUUGCCAGCUAUUCACUGCUCACGUACAUGAUUGCCCAUGUCACAGGGCUGAAGCCUGGAGAGUUCAUACACACCUUAGGAGAUGCUCACAUAUAUCUGAACCAUGUGGAACCUCUAAAAGUCCAACUUCAGAGGGAGCCAAGACCUUUCCCCAAACUCAGAAUUCUUCAUGAGAUUAAAGACAUCAGCGACUUCAAGGCAGAAGACUUUCAAAUUGAAGAUUAUAAUCCUCAUCCACCUAUUAAAAUGGAGAUGGCUGUCUAAUGCCAUAAACCAGCAUUCAGUAUUAACGUGGAAAUGUACCUAAGCUAGACUCCCUAAAGUGGUGGGGCUUUUGUAUACGUCAAAAGGUAUUUGCUUUAUUGUUAAGUAGUCACAGACCAGAUUUGCCUUCAGUGCUGCUACCCUGGAGUUGUAGAGGACAGGUGAUUAUUCCUGAUAUGCCACGCAGAUGUUAACCCAGUUUUAAGUUGUGAGAGAGCUGCUUUUCUACACGUAGCUUCAGGUGCCAGUGGCCAUUUCUGUUACCAUUCAGUUACUGUGUGUGAGUAGCACAGGCUUACAUGCUUGAUUUGGUACUGAAAAUAAGAACUUAUAUGUGUGAUAAAGGGUUCCUUCAGGGUGGGAGAAAUUGUUAAAUAUAUUCUAAAGAGUGUAUGUUUAAUAAAGCUUUUUUUAAAAAAUCUUCUGGAAGGCAUGAUGCAUAUUUAAUUCUGGUGUGACUUUUUAUAGUUAGUAGUAAAAAAGGGUUGGAAAGCAAAAUGUCUUGGAGGGUAACAGCUGGCAAGGAAAAACAAAUUUCCCAUAGUCUUCACAGAUGAACUAUCAGGAAAGCAAAAGAUUUUAAUGGAACCUUGCUGGAACUGCAAUCUCUGCAUAAUGCCUCUGUAGCAGCAAUUUUUUUUUAUUCCUCAACCCUACAUAAAUUACUGAUUUGAUAUAAAUCAAAGAGAGUUGCAGUUAAACAGAGGUUACCAGAUAAUAUUAGUAAUCAGCUGUCUGUCAUCGUUUAAAACCAGAUCCCACAAACAUAUGGACUAAUUUUGCAGCCUGGAGCAGUAAAACCUAGAGAUCAUGGUAUUUUUAGGAAUGGAGUUCAUGAAUUAAAUUAUACCAGAAUUCAGCUUUCAAGUCUCCUUAUUCUUGUACCUUCUGCAGUAACACAUUAAACUCCUCUUCAGCAAAUU